UUCCUUUCGAAGAAGCAGUUCCCUUAUCCCUUCAACUGAAUGGCUACCAUUUGAACACACCCACAAUUGCACUACCAUAAAACCACCUUUGGCUCUCUGGCAUCUGCAACAAUGGCGACUCUGCAAACUAUGGCGUUCUCAUCACCGGUCUCUCAUUGUUGUAAAAAACCUCAAUUUCUUCCAGGAAUGAUAUCAGGAGUUGUUUGUCACAGUUCGCGAUCUGCAUUCACUGGUCAAGCAUUAAGCAUACCGAUUUCAAGGCAAAAUCCCAACAGAUUGAACAACUGUCGCACAUUUACACUCACUAUACAGAUGGUGAAACCAUCAAUCCAGUUCAUACCAGGUAAAGAUGAACAGACGAUACCAGACGUGAAGCUAACGAAAUCAAGGGAUGGGACUAAUGGGACACUCCAGUCAGUUGAUGUCAGUGCCAAAUUCGUCAAUGGAAGACCCGCAGGGAUUGAAGCCAAGUAUGUGAUGCGGACUCCACGAGAUUGGGACAGGUUCAUGAGGUUCAUGGAGCGUUAUGCUAAUGUCAAUGGAUUGCAGUUCAUCAAAAGCUAA